AUGAGUGAGAACGAAUCUGCUGAGUCUAGCGGAGUGCUUCUAGGAAGACCAUUCCUACGCACCGCUAAGACUAUAAUUGAUGUGUUUGACGGGACUAUAUGCCUAGACUAUCAUGGGGAGAAAUACACCUUUAGCAUUGAUGAAGCCAUGAAGAAACCAUUGGAUGUUGAAAAUUUGCAUGCUAUCGAUGAACAAUUCAACAAUUCAGAAUUAAGUCACUCUAUUGACAAAGAGGUAGCAGGAUGGUGUGAGACCCUAUUGACUCGGGACAUGUCAGACGAACAGAUCAAUGAAGCGGUCAUGGCAUUCUCCCACCAAUCACUAUCAUUCGAGUCAACUGGUUCUGUUCAAGAAAAAAGCCCAGACGAGGCAACUGACUUGGGAGAAAUGACAACUAAGAACUUGGAAAAGAAUCCCCUGCCCCAGGAAACUAUCACACCCAAGAAGGAGUUAAAGAAAUUGCCCGAGAGCCUAAAGUGUGCCUACCUUGGAGAAGAUGAAACCUUCCCGGUGAUAAUCAACAGUCAUUUAACAGCUGAACAAGUGGAUAAGUUACUGGAAAAGUCAGGGAUACAAGUGAUUGAGAACGAUAAGAAUGAGUUGGUAUCUACUCGGUUGGUGACUGGAUGGAGAAUGUGCAUUGACUACCGGAAGCUUAACGGAGCCACUAGAAAGGAUCACUUUCCUUUACCCUUCAUCGAUCAGAUGUUGGAAAGAUUGGCUGGAAAGGAAUAUUUCUGUUUCCUUGAUGGAUAUAGUGGGUAUUUCCAGAUAUAUGUGGAUCCUGAAGACCAAGAGAAGACAACCUUUACCUGUCCGUUCGGCACUUAUGCAUACAGAAGAAUUUCGUUUGGUCUAUGCAAUGCACCAGGCACCUUCCAGCGUUGUAUGAUGAGCAUCUUCUCAGACCUGCUGGAGGUGUAUAUUGAGAUUUAA